AUGAUGAAUCUUUUAUCAACAGACUAUAUUGGUUGCUAUCAGUUUAUUGAAGCAGUUAAGACAAAAGACGUUGGCUCCAUUUCAGAGUGUUCUUCAUUUUGUAAAGAAGAAACCACCAAAUAUAUUUCUUUAUGUUCAGAAAAAAAAACAACGGCCCCUAGUCCCCAGCAGGCCUUAAGUGGUCAAGGGGUGCCAAAAAUCCCUGGGAAGUAUGCAAUAGCGGAGGGAUGUUGCAGAAAAAUUCAGAAUGGCCCCUCUAUGGUAGUUAGACUUGGAACGUUCAAUGUUGGAUCACUGACUGGCCACAGCAUGAAAAUCGCAGAAAUGCUCGAGCGUAGAAGGAUUGACAUCUGCUGCCUUCAGGAAACCCGAUGGAAAUCGAAUGGUGUCUGUCAUGUCAACUCAGACAAAGAAAAAUAUAAACUAUUCUGGAAUGGUCAAAAGACGGCCAAAAAUGGUGUUGGAAUUUUUGUCAGAGAACCGCUAGCCCAAGAAAUAAAAGAUGAAAAUGCAGAGCUUAAUAAUGAAAACAUUUCAACGUCUUUUCGACUAUGCGUCCAUCAGAGAUUUUCCACAUUGGUCAACAACGAAGGGAUGCACCGGAUUCAGGUUUUUCAAAUCCGGCCGGGGCCGGACUUGGCCGGAUUUAAAAUUCAAAAACCGGCCGGGGCCGGAGCCGGGGCAGGAUUUUAG